UGUUAUCUUUCUGGAGUCAUUAAUGAUUAAUAUUAGUUGUUUAAAUUGAACUUUUUAUUGAAAUAUUUUGAUUGCAAACGAACUUAGUCAUACAAUCAUUAUGAAACAUAUAUAUUAACUGGCGGUUCGCGUUCAAUACUCAAAACAAUUCUCAAAGCAAUCAAAUUAACGUAUACUUUACACAACAUUUCACCACCGUCUCGCCAAUUACUGCGUCCAGUAAAUGAACAUCUGAUUAAUAUUGGUAAAUUUUGUUAUAGUGCUGUAUGUUGGAAAAGUGUGUGCAAAUCUUGUGGUAAUCUUUUUAAAAUCCAAAUUGUCAAAAUGGGAUUACUUACUGAAGGAAGUCCUUUGACUUGGGAAGAAACAAAAGCUUUAGCAGAACAUGUGCGCCAACACGGAAUUGAACAAUUUAUAAAUUUAUAUAAGAAGCUCAGAGAUCGUACUGGAGAUGUACUUAAAUGGGGUGAUGAAGUAGAAUAUAUUAUAGUAAAAUUUGAUGAUGAAAAUCAACGUGCAACAGUUAGUUUGAGAGCUGAUGAGAUUCUACCUGAAUUACAAAAGAAAGAACUAGAGGACCCUGAAAAUGUAAAAUCUCUAUGGCGGCCAGAAUAUGGUGCAUACAUGAUAGAGGGUACACCAGGAAAGCCCUAUGGCGGCCUUCUAGCACAUUUUAAUAUUGUAGAGGCCAAUAUGAAGUUUCGUAGAGCUGAAGCUAGUACUCUAUUGAAAGAUGGUGAAGUUAUUAUGAGUAUUACAAAUUUUCCAAGGUUAGGUUCUCCAGGUUACACAAGCCCACCUUAUGAACCAACACCGAGUUCAGGUGUGACCAGGUCACACUUCUUUCCUGACGAAUCUAUCUAUCCAGGGCAUCCUCGCUUCAAGACUUUAACUUCUAACAUAAGACAAAGAAGAGGAGAGAAGGUUGCAGUAAAUUUACCAAUUUUCCGCGAUGUCAAUACAAAGAUACCUGUAGAUAAUUAUCACGAGCUUGAAAAGGGCGUGGCGCAGCCCGACUGCGUGUACAUGGACGCAAUGGGCAUGGGGAUGGGCUGCUGUUGCUUGCAGCUCACUUUCCAAGCGUGCUGCAUUACUGAGGCCCGCACUCUCUAUGAUCAACUAGCACCUUUAUGCCCAAUUAUGUUGGCCUUAUCGGCAGCGUCGCCGAUAUAUCGCGGCUACCUCACAGAUGUCGACUGUCGCUGGAAUGUAAUAGCCGCGUCUGUGGACUGCCGCACGCGGGAAGAGCGUGGGCUCGAACCGUUAAAGAAUAAUAAGUUCCGAAUUCAAAAAUCACGUUACGACUCCAUUGACUCGUAUCUGUCGCCAGAGCAUGAGAAAUACAAUGAUAUUCAAAUAGUGCACGACCCUAACAUAUACAGACGCCUUCGCGAGGGCGGUAUUGACCACCCGCUUGCUUUGCACGUCGCUCAUUUGUUUAUUCGGGAUACCGUAUCUCUCUUUUCUGAAAAAGUCAACCAAGACGAUGAAAAUGACACUGACCAUUUCGAGAACAUUCAGUCGACGAACUGGCAGACGAUGCGCUUCAAGCCGCCGCCGCCGAACUCGCGCAUCGGCUGGCGCGUCGAGUUCCGGCCGUGCGAGGCGCAGCUCACGGACUUCGAGAACGCGGCCUACGUGUGCUUCGUGGUGCUGCUCACGCGUGUUAUACUGUCCUAUCGGCUCAAUUUCCUCUUACCCAUUAGUAAGGUGGAUGAGAACAUGCAGCGCGCGCAGCGGCGCGGCGCGUGCACGCGGCAGAAGUUCUGGUGGCGCCGCGACGUGCGCUCGCCCGACGCCGACGCCUACGCCGAGAUGACCAUCGACGAGAUCGUCAACGGAAAGGACGGCGUGUUCCCGGGCCUGGUGCCGCUGAUCGAGUCGUACCUGUCGGGUAUGGACGUGGACGCGGACACGCACUGCUCGGUGCAGCAGUACCUCAAGCUGAUCCAGCGCCGCGCCGCCGGCGAGAUCUCCACCAUGGCCACCUGGAUGCGCGAGUUCGUCACCACGCACCCCGCCUACCAAAAAGAUUCGGUUGUGUCUGAGAAGAUAAACUAUGACUUGUUGAAGACAGCCCACGGCAUACAAACGGGCUCCAUACCGGCUCCCACUUUGCUCGGCAGCAGCAACGUAUCGAAGACUAACGAAGACAUUCCUAAAGCAUUUACUAAAAUGAUGAACAAAGACUGUCCGUAAACUUUACCCCCAACGCAUACACGUAGUGCCUUCCGACUAGCGGCUUCGGUUUUUCGGCUUUGUUACUGUACUCAAUCAUGCCAUAAUUUAAAAAUGUUUAUUAGUUUAUAUUAUAUGAGAUGGUUGAAUAGUUCUAUAUUAUUGAGGGAUUUUACACGGAAAACGUUAAAAAUAGUUUCUAUUAAAACAUUUCAUUUAAAUUGACCUGCAAAACUGGUUAUUAGUAAUAAAUAUUGUGAUAAAAAAUAUAAAUAUCCGUUCUUUUUGAUGUCGCGUUGAUUUUUAUGUAUGCAUGUGAACUUUUGAAUGUUGAUAUACACCAACACUGAAGUUCACUGUUGUGUGACCAUACGAAAGUUUAAAUUUCAAAAUUGACAAAAAACAUCAAUUGUUUUUUUAAUGGGUACAAAAAACACUGUCCUUUUUCUUAGCAAUCGUUUAUGUACGGUGUAAAAUUAGCUUUUAGUUUAUAAAAUGAUUAUAGAUUUACCAUUGAUUGCAGUGUUGAGUGGUUGUGAUCGAUUUUAUUAUUCGAAUUAUAUCGUUUAGAAAUUACAAAUCAAUGAAUUUAAUUGUUUUCGUCGACGCUGGUCGUACCAUUUUACAACUUAAGGAAAUGCCGUCUAAUUAAAAAAAACGCCAUAAAAAAAAAUAACAUCAAAUGUUUUAUGUUCAAAAUUAUAGAAUUAGAAAAUGGCUAAAGACAAUGUGCCUUUCAUUAACAAACAGAUGUGCAAUAGAAUAAUGUACUUAUGUUAGAUAUAUUAAAGUAUAAUAGUUGCAAUAUUCCUAUUUUUAAUUAUUUUUAUUAUUUUAUUAGCUUAAUUUUUCUUUACUGAUAGUGUACUUAAGUAUGCGGUACAAAUAAAAUUCCAUCACAUAAUAUGUUACAAAAAAGCAUAUUAAAAAAAUCCAAUUAAUUAUAUAUUUAUUUUUUCAUCUAAUGGUUCUUAUAUUCUGUGUUUAUUGGCGUUACUUAAAUUGUUACGUAAGGUAUUAUAUUAUAUUGUUGUUAAAUGUUACCAAUUAAUAGGUGACACAAAUGUGUUAACUCUGAUUAAUAAUAAAACGAUUAUAACAG